GGGAGGGCUCGGCGGCGGGCGUCUCUUUACUCGGUCCCGCUGGAACAAUAGUGGACUAGAAAGUUGGGCAGAACGAGGGCUUCUGUCCCCAGGACGAGCGCGGGAAGAAACUGAGGGGAGAGUCGCCACCUGUUUUCCAGCCUUAGAAAAGACGUGUAGCCUGCUGCCUCCCUCACUGUCGGAGAUGUCUGGAGGGAGUACCCGGAGGAGAACCAGUUCCCCCUGGCACAGCAGUUUCUCUCGACUUUUCACGAGAAGUUCUUCCAAGGAACACGAAGAAGAGAGCAAAGUAGCCCCUGAACUGCACUGCGCCCGCAGUUUUGAAACUAAGGAAGAUGAAUCUACAGAUGUGAUUUAUCCAAGAAAAGAAAGGAGUCCUCUUCCAGAAUUGUUAAAGAUUUCAGUCAGUAAAAAUAAGGAUUUCUCUACAGAAGACCUAAGUAGAUCUACCACUCAAGAGGAAUUAAAGAAAGCAAAUAGUUUUCCUAGUUUGAUUCAUGAAAGCAAAGCAAACAAUAACAAUAAACAGUCUAAAGAAGGAUUUUUCCAGUAUCUUGGGAGUUUAUUUGGUAUUUCUUUCAAAUCAUCAUACAAAGAUAAAGAACCUUCUAAUCUUGGAGAUGGAGAUUGCAAAACUAAAAAAGACUUUGCAAGUCGAGGUAGCCAUCAAGACACUGGACAAACUGAGCAUCUUGAAUCAGAAAUAUUUGUCAUUUCAAAUUUUGGAACUGAACAGAAAGUAUCAAGCAAAGAUGAAGACAUUAACUUAAGAAUUAGAUCUAGUCCACAAAAUUUACAGAAACCUCAGGAGCAAUCUGCUGAAACAGCCAAAAAAACAGAAAGUGAGCCCAUUGCACAUGCAAUUACUUAUGCAACCUACCGAGGUUCUGCAAGAAUCAAGCAGUUGCUUAAGAAACAAGCAGAAUUGGAAGAAGAAAAAGUAACUGGAACCAGUAUUAGUAGUUGUCCUGUGGAAAGCAAAAGAAGGGAAACCAUGAAUAUUUUAAGCUCAGAAACUACAAAAGAACCAGAAUCCUUACCAAAGAAUGAAAAACCUGAAACUAAAGAUGACAAACAAAGUUCACAAGAAAACACGCUUUUGUCAGAAAUGGACCAGAAGAAAGAUAUUCAGACUGUCUUAAAUGAUAAUGAACACAAUGAACUAAAGAACAAAAUUACCUUGUUGACAGAAAUGGAAACUAUCAAAAACUACAUUGAAGAGCUUGUGUCUGUGAAAAGUGUAUCAGUUUCAGACAAAUCAGAAAUUAAUAGGAACCUUUUGUUGGAGCCACCAGUAUUGUUGCCAAAUCAAACCAGUUCUAGCUACCAAAAUAUAGAUUCUGUAAGAAUCAAUGCAGAAAACAGAUUAGUUGAAAAGAAAAAAGAAGCAUUAGGAGAAAUACAAAUGCAGCUACAGUCAAACAGUGCUGCCACUGUUUGCUGUAAAAAAGAAACACAUUUUUGUGUUUUUUCUAACACAGAAACAAAAGGGGCAAUACAAAAUGAGUUUUCAUCUUAUCCCAAACUAGAUUCAGCUAAUAAUGAUCAACAAUUGCUAGAAGAUAAAUAUUCUUCAACUAACAAUCAGUUCAAAUUAGAAUCAGCUAAUCCAUCAUUGUACAUGAAUAGCCAUAACUGUAGUGAUUAUGUAAAUAAUGGAACAAAGAGCAAUGAAGAAUUAAAUACAAAUGGGAUGUCUGAAAAUCAUUCUCAUUUGCUUCUCCAUAAAUCAGCAGUUAGAGAAGAAUUGCCAUUAGUUUUCAAAUCAGGAAUUUCCACCCUUCCCACAGAAACUGGGACUGGGUUGCACUUAUGCAGCAAGAGUGGCCUAGAGAAUAAAGAAACCACUGAGCCAUUAUUACUUAGAGAUAUACAAAAUAAUUCCAGGAUUUCCAUAAUGGCUAAGAUUGGGACUAGUAAAGUGAUUGAAGAGAAUGUUUAUACGCCUUUUGUGGAACUUGACCAAGUUUUGUCUAGUAGUACAGAGGAAAAUAGUGCCAACAUUUCUUUGUUAGAUAUUGAAAAUACACAUGUGGACUCCUUCAAAACAGAUGCAGAUAAUGCCCCUCACAGGCUUGAAAGUAAAAAUGACUAUUGCUAUCAUCCUGCCAAGAGAGAUAAGAAUAAAACUCUGAUUCAGCCAUUAAUCAGCUUAGAUACUUGUUCAUCUCCUCUUGAGAAAAAAAAUAAGCCCUUAGAACUGGAAAAAGUAAAACAUGUAAGGAACACAGUUAUGUCACCUCUUAAAGCUACAGAAAUUGAUGAAAUUAAAACUCCAGUUAUUUCUGAAAAAAUAAGCAAUUCAUUGCUAAGUAACAUAAGAAAUCGUGCCCAAACUCCUGAAAAUAAAGAGGUCUCCACAGCUUGUCUAUCUCCUAUCUCUUCUUCCAAAAACAAGUGCUUGACCCACAGUUCUCUGGUUGUGAAACCUGAAAAAACUAACUCGCUACCAGAUAAUCCUUCCCCUCUCUUACCUGCAUUGAUCAGUAAUGCUAACGUCUUUGAAGACAACAUUUAUUUGAAUAUUAUGGCUAAACCUGCAUCUAAUUCUGAAGAUCAGAAUUUGUUGAAGGGUUCAUAUUCUUUGCCUGAUGAACAGAAAAAUAUUUUGCAAUCUGAGAGAGUCCCCACUGCAGCAGAUUCUGCAGAAACAAACUUUAGUAAAAUAUGCUAUUCUGAUUCUGUAUCUGAAAACUCUAAAGCUAUCUUAAAGUCACAAUUUUUUCUGGAAUCUGGAAACAACUUUAAAACCAAAAUUAUCCCUGAUACUAUUAACACAGAUAACACUGGAAAUAAAAUCUUGCCACAUUCUGAAGAAACUAAAUAUGUGACUGGCUCUUAUUCAAUGGAUUCUAAAUCCAUUCUCAUAAAAGAGACUCUUCCUGAUUUUGCAUUUGACAGUGUAUAUACUCAAAAGUCUGCUAUUCCUACUAAUUCUUUUAAAGAUACCUCAAAUCUUUAUUCUCCUGCAUGUGAGACAAUAGAGGCUGUUGUCUUAGACAAAAUUAAUUCUCUUCCUAUUAAUUCUGAAGAAGAUACUGUAAAAUUGUCAUCUAAAGAUAAAUUAAAUAGUCUAUCUUCUGAAUCAAUAUCAGAUGCCAGUUAUUCACCCCCAUUAUUGGCUUCAGUUGCCUAUUACAUGGAUGCUAUAGACUCUUCAAAGAUAGUGUUAGAAAUGCCUCUCGCUACCCAGCAGAGCAAAGAAAUGUCUCCCUCAGGGCAGAUAAAUUCUAACUGCCGCAUGACUACUCCUUCAAAAAAUGGAACUAGAAUGGAUAAACAAGCAAUUGCUGCUUUAUUUCCUAAAUCAAACAACCAGUUUUUUGAGGAACCGUUGAAAGAUGUUGAAACAGGAAAGCAACUGCAAAUUAAAUCUCAAAACUUAACACUCUUGUUUAAAAAGGCUGAUGAAAUAGUAGAUGUGGUUCUUCAGUUAGCAAUAGAAGAAAUUAGAUCAAAACAAAAAGCUGGCAUCUAUCAAACUAAUGACACUGAGGAUAAUAUAAUAGGUCCCAGCUUUCAAAAAGACCAGAAAACUAGAAGAAUGCUGCCAGAAUCAAAAGAAAUACAAUCAAGGAACUCUUCAUUAAAGCACUUUAAUGUGAGUUGUAUCACAAAGUUUUCUGGACUUAAGGGGAAAGAUAAAUUUGACAGUGAUACUCAGAAUGAAAAGAAACCAUUGAAUAUCACUGAUAAAAUUGACUUAUAUAGUUCAGUAAUGGUAAAACCAAAAGAAAUAAUUGGCAGUGAUAUUAAAACAGCCAAACAAAAUCCAGCAGUUGAGCAGCAUGAGGAACAUUUAAGUAAGGAUUUUUCUCAAAAUACAAGCAUUAUGUGUUACACUGAAGCAUCGGAGAUACCUAUCACUAAUGCAGAAUUAAGAACUAAGCUUCCCAAAAUAAUUGAAAAACCCUUAAACGUAAGUCCAGCAUUCCCAGUUGAAGAACAGAAGAUAACUGUUGAGGAUGUAACAAACUUCUCAGCUCCUUUGAACUUCAAAAAAAAGAGUAAAGAGGUUAUUGGAGAAAUGGUACCAAAGAAUGCAUGUUCAGGCCAAACAAUUUGUGAAGAAUGGUAUGAUGAUACAACUAUACUAGAAUCCAGUCCUGACAAAAUAAAUAAUGGCAAAUACAUUAAAGAUGAUGAUUGUACAACAAAUAUGGCAACUGUUGGUGAUAUCACUAAUAACAGGACAUGUGAGAGUAAAACUGAUUAUUCCUUUAAUGUUAUAAAAGGAGAGACUGUUAUGACCUAUAAGCAAUUGCCAUCGUGCUCAGUUUUAACAAGGAAUGUGCUACCUUUUAACUCAAACAUUAAUGCAUGUAGUAGCUUUUCUGAUAAAUAUAAUGAUGAACCGACAUCCUUAUGUUCACCUGGACAUAAUACAGAGAAUGAUUUGCCUAAAAAUGAGAUAAGACAAAGCAAAGCUGCUGCCAUUGUAAGAGAGGAACCACAUGAAAAAUAUUAUGAAACACAUAGUGAAUGGGGCAGUAGCAAAAUUAGAAAUGAAUGUAUAGUGCCACAAGAUACUAGAUUCAAUGCCCUUUUUAGUAUAUCUGAAUCAUCUCUGUUGAACAGCUCAUCGAAUAUUGGCUUUGUCCAUGGAGAAGUAGUAAACAGUGACCCAUGUUUAACUACAGAUAAUGUACUUAAGGAAUAUUACCUGGAUGUUGACAGUGAAAAUACAGAGAAAUCCCCAGAUUGUUUUGCUUUUUCUACACCAGAACAGUGGGAAUACAGUUCUUCCUUUACUGUUUUGUAUCAAGAUACUCUUCAAGAAAAAAAUUAUUCUUUUUCAGGAGAAGAAAUAAUGCAUACCUUAUCCCAUCCUGAUUUAUCCUUGGAUAAUAAGCAUAAGAUGUAUGAAACAGCCAGAGUCAAAGAUGAGCCCUUUCCUCCUUAUGAUGAAAGCAAGCAAUUGAAUAAGAUGCUAGAUGAUACUUGUUCAGAAUCUUUCAUGACCGUGGAAGCAAAGAGAUACAGGAUUUACCCUUUUUCCUUAUCUCCUAUAUAUGAAGAUGAUAGUUCCCAAGAGGAUUUGCCUUCCACUGAUAUCUCACCAGGAAAUCAUCCUAGUGAAAAAACAAGAGAGAAUCAAUCCUUAUCUGUCUUAUCACUUUUGCAAUCAGUAUCUGAACGGUUAAAGUCUAGUAAUCAGUAUAAUGAAGAAGAUGAUGAAGAAAAACUUUAUGAGGGAAGAAAUCAAGAGGAUGAAAAAGAAACCUCUGAUUCCAGUACCUGGCCAGACAAUAAAAACACUAAAUUCCCAGAAGACUUUUCUAGACAAUUUAUUUCUAAGGAGGCAUUACAUUCCGAAGAGACCUCAUCUUUUAGUCCAAUAUUUGCAGCUCAUUUUAAUCAAAAAUAUGAUCCUGGCAUGAAGCCUUUUUUAAAGGAUACAUAUGAACGUUUGCCUGGCUUAACUUAUUUAGUUGAAAAAGGAAAAGGAAGCAUGAUGUUGCCAGUUGAUCUGCACUCUAAAUCUAAAAGGUUGCUGAAAUCAGUAACCUCUCAAAAGUGCCCUGUUGAUAGGGUCAGACUCAAGUGCAAUCCAAGACCAGGAAAAAUGCUUAUUUGUGAUUUUCAUGGGAACACAAAUAAACAAGAAAUUUAUCAUGAUGUGGUAGAUGCUACCGUCUGGGUGUUUUCAAAAGAAACAUCAAUCAGAGUUGUUAGAGGAUGCUGGAUUUUGUAUGAGAAACCAACAUUUCAAGGUCAAAAAUAUGUUCUAGAAGAAGGAGAAAGGAUGCUGACUGACAUCUUAAAUCUUCACACAGAGAAAGCUCAAGGAUAUUUCACAAUUGGCUCAGUCAGACAAAUAAUGAAGGAUUGUUGUAUUCCUGAAAUUGAACUUUGCCCACACAAUAGUACAGGUCAUUUUCCAGUCUGCAUUCAGGCCGGUAUAGCCAAUUUAGAUGAAUUGGAAUUUGAAAAUCCUGUCCUUUCUGUGAAAGCAGGAGUAUGGCUUGCUUAUUCAGACAUUGAUUACAAAGGGGAAGAAAUGGUAUUAGAAGAAAAUCAAAGCCCAUGUAAAAUUUCAGCCACUGAUGUAAAAUCUUUUCGACCGCUGAAAAUGGGUGGCCUAAAGGUGCAGAUGCCUAUGAAUACUAUGAUGAUAAUAUAUGAAAGACCACACUUUGGAGGAUGGUGUAAAAAACUUUCUGAAAAUAUUGAUUGCAUUCCAAUACUUUUUGAAAAUGCUGGUGAUUUCCAGGGAAUUGGAUCAAUACGUGUCAUUGGUGGAAUAUGGGUCGCUUAUGACAAGGAGCAAUAUAAAGGCCGGCAAUACUUGCUAGAGGAAGGAGAAUAUGAACAUUGGCAAUCAUGGGGCGGAGACAGCAGUGUUCUGCUGUCUGUUAGAUUUUUGCAAGCUAACUUUAUGGAAUCUGAAGUAACACUUUUCGAAACUGAUGAGGAAAAUGGAAAAAUACUGGAUGUUGUAAAUCAAGAAAUUCCUGAUUUGGAAUGGGCAGGGUUUGGCCUAGUGACUAGAUCAGUUAAUGUGAAAAGUGGAGUGUGGGUUGCUUAUCAACAGAAGUACUUCUGUGGAGAACAGUAUAUAUUGGAGAAAGGAAAAUAUAAGUGUUUUUUGGACUGGGGUGGCCCUAGUGAAACUAUUACGUCAAUUCGGCCCAUUAAAUUGGAACCAUUGGGAGAUCAUCAACCCAUACACUGGAUCAAAGCUUUCGAUAAUAUACACUUUCAGGGAUCAUGUAUUGAUUUUACAACGGAAGUUGCUGAUUUCACAUCAUUCAUGCCACGCUCAUUUAAGGUUUUACGGGGAUGUUGGUUGCUUUAUUAUCAGGGAAAAACUGCUGAUGGACAGUGUGUGCUAGAAGAAGACCUCUAUCCUGAUCUUGCUUCCUGUGGCUGUUCAGCAACUAAAGUCAAGUCCCUUAAGCCUGUUGACCAUGUUUUUGCUGAGCCAUUGAUCAGCCUUUUUCCACUGGAGAAUUGUGAAGGCAAAGAGCUACACUUGCAAGAAGCUAUCAGUUCAAUUCUGAAUAAGGAUUUUCACUUUCUUACUCAGUCAGUAUGGGUAAGAAGUGGCCUAUGGAUUGCAUAUGAAGGCUGCAAUUUCUUAGGGAAACAGUUUCUUCUUGAAUCAAGGAAAAUUUCAAACUGGACUCAGUUUAGUGGAUGGAAAGCCAUUGGCUCUCUUCGUCCCAUAAAGCAGCCAGCAGUGUAUUUCAGAAUAAAGAACAGAUUCCAAGAAAAGUACUUGACAGUUGCUGGCAAUUUAAUGGAUGGAAGAGUUACAUCAGUAUGUUUGUUCCCACAAAAUGGCAAGAAUACUCAGAUCUGGCGUUACAGUUGUGGACUCAUCAAGUCCAAGGUCAAUGAUGCUUGCCUUGAUGUCAUUGGAGGCAGAGAUAUACCUGGAGCAAAAGUUGCACUGUGGGCAGAACAUGGGAAAGCAAGACAGAAAUGGACAUUCAAUAAGGAUGGAACCAUUAUGUCCUAUCUCAGUGAUCAGCUUGUUCUUGACAUCAAAGGAGGAGAUUACUAUGACAGGAACCACAUCAUUGUAAAUCAACUUAACAUCAGCGAAUGUACACAGAAAUGGGACUUUGAAAUAUUAUGAAUGGAUCUUCCUAAAAUAAAAUAAUUUGAAAAUAUACAUUAAAAUGGUCUGAAAACACUUGAACAAACUACUGAAGACACAUAGCACUGGUGUAUGUUAGAGAUCUGCCCAAAUCUGCCAAGCAGAGAAACAGCUUAUUUAAUGUUAACGAAACUGUUAAUUUCAAUAGUAUUGUUAUUCAUAAAAUAUUGCAGGAUAAUUUAUAUCAAACUUUCUUGACAAGUUUUGACUGUCUGACAACCAAAACUGAAAAUGCAACUUUACAGAGAUUAUGCCUUCACAGAACUGUGAUGCAAUGAAAUAUUAGAAAUUUGGUUGAGAGAAUGGAUGGAAUUACUUGUCAAUUCAUUCUGUAUUCCAAUGUAAUGGAUUCUGUACAUUUCGAAUUAAAACAGAGUUACAGGCACAUGUUAGAAACAACAAAGGAAAAGGCCAAAAACUUUAAGCGGCCUGUAAUUGAUCUUCUAUCAUUUAUUUUUACGAAUAGCCAGAAUUGGUAAGGAGUUGGUGUUAUGUGAUUAACUCUGCCUAGUAUUUUACCAAAUUAAGUCAAACUUACACAGGGAAAGCCCUUUUUUCUUGGUGUGGAUUCAGAAAUUCUACAGUGUCAUGGGGCAAGAGAUGA